GAUCCGUAUAAAUUGAUGCCGCUUGUGCUGUUCGGGUCGCAGCAUCGGUGGCGAUCGAGGGCAAUGGAGGGGGAGGAGAAGACGAGGAAUGGAGGAGAGAUGGUGAAGCUGAUAAGCGCCGAGGGAUUCGAGUUCGUCAUCGACAAGAAGGCCGCUAUGGUCUCCCAGACGAUCAGCAACAUGCUUACCUCCCCCGGCGGCUUCGCGGAGACGCAACUGGGAGUUGUGACCUUUCCAGAGAUUAGCACGCCUAUCCUCGAGAAAAUCUGCCAAUACUUCUACUGGAAUCUUGAUUUUCAAAGUGGAAAGGAAACCGAGUUUCACAUCGAACCUGAGAUGACUUUGGAACUGAUGAUGGCUGCGAACUAUCUCCAUACUUGAGGUGCCCAUGAAUCAACAAACCGGAGAUGAUGACUCUGGAACUAAGGAUGGCUUCUCUUCACAGAUAUAGAUCAUUUAUGGAAACGCGUUGGAAGUGCUUAAAAACAAUUGGUAGUUUCUGCUGUAUUGAUUGAAAUAUUUCAAAUAGAUGUAGACUUGGUGAGAAUGGAAAUUACAUAUCUACUUAUCGACCUUUCA